UAAGGAAGACGAGCUCCUCUUCCAGUCCGCUUUUUAUCUUCUCUGCGCUCCUCCUCUCUCCACUCUCCAGCUAUAGACAGCCAUACCUUCUCCCUCAAGAACGCCAGCUAGCCUUCCCUCUUCCUCCAUGGAGAUCGAUGCCGACAACCUCAGCGCGACCGAGCUCCGCCUCGGCCUGCCUGGGAGCAGCAGCAGCAACGACCGGCCGAAGAAGCCGUCGUCGUCCGUCGGGGCGAAGCGCGCGCUGGAGACAGACACCACCAAGAGCGAGGCCUCGGGUACCGGCCCGGCCGCCGGCGACGACACCACCACGCCUGCCAAGGCACAAGUGGUAGGAUGGCCACCAGUGAGGGCAUACAGGAAAAACACCUUCCAGGCGGCGGCGGCAGCCAAGAAAGCUGAGCAACAGCAGCCGGGAGGCCUUGGCCUCUAUGUGAAGGUGAGCAUGGACGGGGCACCGUACCUCAGGAAGGUCGACCUCAGGAUGUACAAGGGGUACAGGGAGCUCAAGGAGGCGCUGGAUGCCCUCUUCACCAGGUCCUCCUCUGGCGCCGGGGCCCUCGCCGCAGAUUGCCGCGGCGACCAGUACGCCGUCGCCUACGAGGACAAGGACGGCGACCUCAUGCUCGUGGGAGAUGUGCCCUGGGAUAUGUUCAUCUCUUCAUGCAAGAAGCUGAGGAUAAUGAAAGGCUCUGAGGCCAGGUGAUGGCUCAAGGCACAAGCAGAGGGCUACACGCAUGGGAAUGAAUCGAAGAGCACAGAUCAUGGACUGAGAUGAAUGGGGUCAAGCAAAUCAAGGACCAGGAUCCAGGAGAGCUGUGGCUUGGGCUCUCCAGUACUGUACAGAGAGAUCAUAUCUCUGUUUCUGCUGCAUCAAAGACGGAGAAAGAUCUAUGAAUCGUGUAUAUAAUCUUAGUUAGACGCCUUUUUUGAGUUAUGCUUUGUAUGAGCGAAGGCUGUAAAAAAUAAGAAAAGAAAAAUGAGAAAUUUGACUUAAGUUUGGCCA